AGCGAAAGAGAAAAAGUGGGAGACGACGAUGACGACGGUGAGGCUCUUCAUUCGCCUUCCGCACCGUGUCGAGACCGCCGGCUCCCGUCGUACGCUCCCGACAUCUCAACGACCCAAUAACAACGCGGCGCUGGAACAAGCCGCACGCACAUAACGGGACCCGAGGAAAUCAAGCCCUUCGAUCUCCUGUCCAAGGGUGGAGAGUGUGUGUGUGUGUGUGUGUGUGUGUUUGUGCGCGCGUGGUGUUUGUUGGUGGAAGAGGAGAACUAUAGCUGUCAAUUGCAACUGCACAUCGAUUGAGUGAGAACAGCCGGACGACACGCAACAACACAAAAAAGAAGAAGGGGGGGGGGGGGAAACACACACACAACUCUCUCCUCUUUGCCUAUACGCGAAAACAAAAACACAAGAAGAAGAAGAAGAAGAAGAAACAAAUAGGAAGAGACGACAUUGUGAGAAGAAUUGCCGCCUCCAGUAAGGCUCCCGCUCGGCCAAGUAUACACCCAAAAAGAAGCGGAUAUACAUAACGCAGCAGCGGAGGGAAAGCGGAGGGAAACGAACGAAGAAGGAAGAAGAAGAAUAAGGAAAAUAAAAGGACGAAAUCAUUGAGCGAUCAGAGAAAAUGGCAAAGUAUUUGAGACGCAGUUUCCGGCGAAAGAAGGAGGUCCGUUUUAUGGGAAGCGCCGAACAAGAGGACGGAGACAGUCCGACGCCGCGUUACCGACCUGACGGCAUCGACGCCCUUUGCAAAGCCACCGGAUUUAGCCGCAAGGAACUUCAACUGAUGUACCGCAGUUUUAAACAGGAAUGUCCAUCUGGUACGGUGAACGAGGCCACAUUCAAGCGCAUCUACACCCACUUUUUCCCGUACGGAGACGUUUCUCCGUAUGCGCAUUGCGUCUUCCGGGCGUUCGACAUUCGCCACAAUGGCGUCAUCAACUUUGAGGAUUUAGUGCUGGGAGUGUCGGCGCUGUCACGUGGAUCGGUGCCGGACAAAUUACGAUGGGUUUUCACGCUGUACGACGCCGAUGGCGACGGGGUCAUCAGCCGGAGUGAAUUGCGGGACGUCGUCAUGGCCAUCCAUCGACUAAGUCCUCACGGCAAUCUACUUUCGAGUAAAACGAUUCCUGACAUGAUGCCAAGUCCAUCGACCACCAAUUCGGCAGCUGCAAUGGCCGAACGCAGAAAUCACGAAAUGUUUGCAGAACGACACGCAGAUCGCAUAUUUCAGAAACUCGAUCUCAAUUGCGACGGCCAGGUUACUUGGGACGAAUUCCUGGAAACGUGCACCAAGGACGAAACAAUCGCCAACACAAUGGCGAACAUGGACGUCACCCUUUGAAGGAUUUCCUUCACCCUCGGAAAAGUGAAAAGGAAACAAUUCUAUCCCGUCAGUGUUGUUCCUUAUGUAAUUUUUGCCCGGAUUUUUCCGUAGCUUUGAUUUCGUUCGUGUAGAAAUUAUAUUUCAAUUUUACUCCGAGAUAUUUCGAAGCGUGUUGUUUUUCUAUCAAUUCAUUAGAUGACUUUAUAUAAUA